UGCCUGAAGAACAGCGUGGAGAAAUUGAGGGCACGUGACUACAAACGCUGGUGGUUUUUCGACCGGAUAUUUCACGACAGCGAUGAAGAAGGAGCUUUCAGUUUACCGCAGCCGCCCGGGAUCGUGAAGCAGGCAAUGGGGAAGCCGCGGAGGAAAGUGGAGUUCAGCCAUGCUGAGCGAAUGAUGAUGACGAUUGCCGAUGUUCUCAAAGAGCUGAUUGAAGCCCAUGAGCAAGGGAAGGAUGUCAACCUGAACAAAAUGAAAACAAAGACUGCGUCGAAAUAUGGACUGACCUCGCAACCCAGACUGGUGGACAUUAUUGCAGCUGUGCCUCCUCAGUACAAAAAGGUUUUGUUGCCAAAAUUGAAGGCAAAACCUGUACGAACAGCCAGUGGGAUUGCUGUGGUCGCAGUGAUGUGUAAACCACACCGAUGCCCUCACAUCACUUUCACAGGAAAUAUUUGUGUGUACUGCCCUGGAGGUCCUGAUUCUGACUUUGAAUAUUCAACCCAGUCAUACACAGGAUAUGAGCCAACCUCAAUGCGAGCCAUACGUGCAAGAUAUGACCCCUUCUUACAGACGAGGCAUCGUGUGGAGCAGUUGAAGCAAUUAGGACACAGUGUGGACAAGGUUGAGUUCAUUGUGAUGGGUGGGACGUUCAUGGCACUCCAGGAGGAAUACAGGGAUUACUUUAUCCGGAACCUACACGAUGCCCUGUCAGGGCACACCUCCAAUAGUGUGGCAGAGGCUGUCAAGUACUCUGAGCGUAGCAAUACCAAAUGCGUUGGGAUCACGAUUGAGACCAGACCAGACUACUGCCUGAAACGCCACCUCAGUGACAUGCUGCAGUACGGGUGCACACGGCUAGAAAUUGGAGUACAAAGUGUCUAUGAAGAUGUAGCCAGAGAUACUAACAGAGGUCACACAGUCAGAGCAGUGUGUGAGUCAUUUCAGCUGGCAAAGGACGCUGGUUUUAAAGUUGUGGCCCAUAUGAUGCCUGACCUCCCAAAUGUUGGUCUGGAGCGAGACAUCGAGCAGUUCAUUGAAUUCUUUGAAAACCCUGCUUUUCGCCCUGAUGGUAUGAAGCUGUAUCCAACACUAGUGAUUCGUGGCACGGGACUUUAUGAGCUGUGGAAGACUGGCCGAUACAAGAGUUACUCACCCAGCACACUGGUGGAUUUAGUGGCUCGCAUUCUCGCGCUUGUACCCCCAUGGACCCGCGUAUAUCGUGUUCAGAGAGAUAUCCCAAUGCCUCUGGUCAGCUCUGGGGUGGAACAUGGAAAUCUGCGGGAACUAUCCCUGGCCAGGAUGAAAGACUGGGGAACUGAGUGUCGAGAUGUUCGGACAAGAGAGGUUGGGAUCCAGGAAAUUCAUCAUAAAGUCCGACCGUAUCAGGUGGAACUGGUGAGAAGAGAUUACGUUGCAAAUGAUGGCUGGGAAACGUUCCUGUCAUAUGAAGAUCCUGAGCAAGACAUUCUGAUCGGAUUGCUCCGCUUACGGAAGUGUUCUGAGGAAACUUUCAGGGCUGAGUUAAAAGGAGGGGUCUCUAUUGUGCGAGAGCUUCAUGUUUAUGGCAGCGUGGUACCUGUUAGUGCAAGGGAUCCUUCCAAAUUCCAGCAUCAGGGUUUUGGAAUGCUAUUAAUGGAGGAGGCUGAACGGAUUGCUAAGGAGGAGCAUGGAUCUUCCAAAAUUGCAGUGAUUUCAGGGGUUGGUACAAGGAACUACUAUCGGAAGAUUGGUUAUGAAUUGGAAGGCCCCUACAUGGUCAAGCAUCUGAAUUGAGCUCUUCCCCACCCCUGGAGUUGACAAGCACAGUGCUGUGUGAAGAUCCCAAUCACAGGCAGUGGUUUAAAAAAAAAAAGACUGUUACAUCACCACAGGAUAAGUGCAACGUUUUGCAUCUGAUCCCAUCGCUCCUGGUUUAUGAGUACCCUGAUUAUUAUACUGCUUUAGUUAGCAAUGUAUCUGCAAUGGAGGGGCAUACUGAUUAUUUAUUAAUCCAACACAGUCCCACAGAUCAGAUAUAUGAUGUACCUUGUUGUCUUUGUAGUCAAAAGGUGGUAUCCAACUUACCUCGACGCAAACAGUGGAUGUAGGGACAGAAGACAGAAGUCCUCUUCUUUCCUGACCAAAAGCAAUUGGUGUGUCCAAUUAUCAAAUAAUUGCAGCCACUGGAGAUGCAUUUAGAUGUGGAUCAUUUCCUUGAUUUAAAAAAAAAACCACAAUUUCAUAACUUUUUUUCCCCUUCUGUGGUCAUUGGUCCUACUUCCUCAAUCUUGAACGAGUAUCCUUUUCCUAUGGUUAUUGCCUGCAGUUGCUGAGAUGCUUGUCAGUCUCCCCACCUUGUUGGGCUGCAGCAAAUGCUGCGUUUCCCCAGCUGCGAGCAAAACUAGAAAACGUUGGAUCUCCAGCAAAACUGCCUCAGUAGGCCGCGGCAGGAGUUCUACUCUGACUAAUCCCAUGACAGUGUAGUUGAUCCUGUAACAGCAGGUUCUGGUGGGAGAUGCCCCGAGCUAUAACACUGUUCAAGGGCAAAGUGUGGAUGUUUAUGGGCAAAUUACAUACAUUUGCCAUUUAUUUGCAUCAGAAAAUUCUG